AUGUCAGAAGUUGUGGAAGCUCGUUACUGCCUGGAUGGACCAGAGUCCGUUGAUGCGAACUUUGGACGUCUGACUGGUCGUGAGCUGGUGCUGAGGGAUCAAAGCUUGAUAUUCCGCGAUGCAGAAACCAGGGUUCUAUCUGCGUGGGCUCUCCUCGUUGACAGAUAUUUCGAUACGCCUCUUGUCUCCUUCGUCGUGGCGAGGGCCGGUCCAGAAGAUAAGCCGCUGGGAAAGAAUGCUGUUAAGAGUCUUUCUCUUCGGAUUGAGCAUGAAUGGAGUGUUCAACAAUUGCAGGAAGCCCUCUCAGAAGCCAAGGAUACACGUGGGGAGUCUGCUGACAAGGAUUCAGCUUCUAAUACGGCAGUCCUCUUUCUCGAGGCCUCCGACACGGAUGCUGUCUGCUACCACAAGGAGCUAGAGUCUUUAUUCCAGCAGUUGGGAAAUGUUUGUCAGAGCCAAAUUAUCUUGAUGCCGUUAUCUCUUGCUGAUAGUUCACGAGGUUGCGUUACUGUUGACGGUGUGCCCGACAAGCCAAUGCCUCUCCUUCGGCGUCUAUUCGCCUUCUUUAAUGCCAUGGAUAGCAAUGAAACACCAAUCACAGAACUCGACUUGAUCAGUUCUUAUGAUGUUCAGCGACUUCGGUCAUGGGCGAUAUGUGGUGAGGAAGAACGAUCACCCUGCAUCCACGAUCUAGUCAGUCGACACUAUCGAGAGCGACCAACUGAAGUCGCAGUCUCGAACACUCGAGAACAAGUUACAUAUAAGCAGCUGGGGCAGAAAUCAGCCGUCAUUGCUGACAUUCUUCGGGGGGCUGGUGUUCAGCCUGGAUGUAGAGUUGGAUUUUGCAUGAACAAAUCUACACUAGCCAUCAUCACGAUCCUGGGAAUUCUUCGUGCCGGUGCUGUAUAUGUACCGAUCAGCGAGGGUUGCUCUGCUCAUCGAAUGUCCGAUAUCCUUGGGAGAGUGGAGGCGAAACUCUUCAUCGCCGAGAGACACGUUCAGCAGAGAUUCGAGGACAUCGAUUUGUCAGGCAUUCAAAUGAUUGACCCAGCCUCUCUGGACUUGGAAUUGAUUCCCAAAGCUUGGGAUCGAGAAGUUAACCUCAAUACCUCCAGUCUCGCAUAUAUUGUCUUCACGUCCGGCAGCACAGGCAAGCCUAAAGGGGUGAUGCAUGAGCAUCAUGCGGUUUCCGGUGGGCUACGAGCGAUUGUGAAAAGCUUCGGGCUUAAUCAAAGUACCAAGUUUCUUCAAUUUGCAGAUUUUGCCUUUGACGCUAGUAUCUGUGAGAUACUUGGCCCCCUUGUCUCCGGAGGUCAGGUGUGCGUGCCAUCUGAGAAACAACGAGUCGAGACUCUUGAAUCGGUGAUGGAGGCCCUUCAAGUCACCGACGCUUCCUUAACGCCAGUCGUUCUAGAUCAACUCCAAGCCAAUCAAGUACCUUGUCUUAGAAAUCUUUACAUUGGCGGCGAGGCUCCCUCGCAAAGAAUUAUUGACAGCUGGGCGAAUCAUGUCCGGCUCAGCAACAUUUACGGGACAAGUGAAACUGGCAUAUGGGAUACGAUUCAGCUCGAGAUCAUCCGCAGCGAUAGCGCAAAGAACAUCGGUCGGGGAAUUGGUGCCAACUGCUGGGUCGUCAAUCCAAGCGAUGUCAGCAAGUUGCAGCCGGUCGGCGUGAAGGGCGAGUUGCUUAUCCAGACCCCCUUCCUCGGGAGAGGAUAUCUAGAUGAGCCCGCGACAAGUGCAAAUGUGUUCCUACCGGCUCCCAACUUCGCCGCUCAGGUAGGAGGCGACACCAGCCUUCGAUGUUACAGGACUGGCGAUCUAGCCCGGUGUGAGCAGGAUGGCAGUAUCACCUACUGCGGGCGUGAAAGUGGUUUUAUCAAGAUUCGGGGAUUUCGAGUCGAUCUUGGGGAAGUGGAGAUAGCGAUGAGCUCUUGCCUUGACCACGGACGUGCAGCUGUGAUAGCGGCGGGGGGCAAUGACCGGCAUGACACCACGGAGAUUAUUGCCUUUGUGGAAGUGGGCAACGUUGAUCCUAGAUCAGUCUCUGCUGGCGAGCUAAGUGAGAAGUUACGGUCAACACUGCCACGCUACAUGGUACCGACGGUGUACAUACCCCUGCCAGAGCUACCGUGCAAUCAGUCCAAAAAGAUUGAUCGGCCCCAGCUGCGAUCACUGUUCACGCAGCUCAGUUCCACUGAGCUCGUGGCGCUGAGACCUGGUGGCAAGGCACUUCAUCAAUGGCCGAAGAUUGACCAUAGGCGUGCGAUAGCUCUUGAGAUUAGCAAAACCAUCUCGGAUUUGAUCAUCGGCUCACAGGACUCAAGCUCGGAGACUCUUCAGGGCUUAGACUUCAGUCUCUCCAGUGUGGGCUUGAAUUCGAUCCAGCUGGCAUAUCUAGCUGGUUGGAUCCGUCGCCGUUGGCAGAAAAGUGUUAGCAUCCAGACUUUGCUGGAAUCCGGCAUCACUGUAUGUCAGCUGGAGGAGCACCUGCUACAGAACCUUGAGAGCGCGGAAGGCGCAUCGCAGAGGGACAUUCUUCGGGAACUCGACAACCUGAUGCAGAGCACCCAAUUUCCCAAUCUGCAUAUCCGUGGGCGGACAAUUUUCCUGACAUCAAUGACGGGCUUUCUCGGCACUCAGAUUUUGCGAUUUCUUUUGUAUAAUCCAGAAGUCGAUCGCAUAGUUGGACUGGUACGCGCAGACAGCGAGAUUGAUGCAAGGGAAAGAACUCAUGCACAGGCAGCGGCUGGCGGCUGGUGGAAGGGUGACUUUGAUUCCCGAAUUAUUGUCUGGUUGGGCGAUCUAAAGAAGCCCAAACUGGGUCUGAGCCAGAACAAUUGGAAUUGCCUGCGUGGGAGGGCUCCGGAGCUACAUAUUGAUGGUAUCAUCCAUAACGGGGCACGCGUCAAUUGGCUGGAAGACUACAACAAACUGAAGGCUGCCAACGUCGACAGUACCGUCGCGCUUUUGCAAGCAUAUUCCUAUAGGCCAGUGCCUUGUCCAUUCACCUACGUGUCAGGGGGCUAUCUCCCACUUCCCACAGACACGAGGGAUCAAAUCGGAGAGAAGCUCUCCACAGCGAGCGGAUAUGACCAAACAAAAUACCUUUCGCGUUUGAUUAUCGAGGAAUAUAACAGUCGCCUCGAAUCAAAAGAAUCUCUCGAGUGGCCUCGAAUUCGGAUUGUUCAGCCAGGUUUCAUCGUCGGCACACGAUGGGAGGGCAUCGCCCACACGGAGGAUUUCCUAUGGCGCCUGGCCUACUGCAUUGUAUCACUCGGCGCCGUGAGCGAAGAUUUGGAGAAAUUGUGGAUUCCCGUUGCUGGGGCUGAUCAGAUCGCAUCUCUCGUCGUUGCAGGGGUGUUCCAUAAAAACACUAAAAGCGUUGUCGAUUGUCGACAGGGCAUCACCGUAUAUGAGUUUUGCAACAUUCUAAGUGACCAGACUGGCCUUCGAAUUGGCACACAAGAUCAUCAGCGGUGGCUCGCCUCUUUACGGGAACAAGUUGACCAGAAUCCCUUGGAUCACCCCUUCACGCCUUUGCUCCAGUGUAUUGAUGCCGAUGACUGGCAAUUGACCCCAGUCCCGCCGAAGGAUCAAAUCGGCGAUUAUUUAUACCGACAAGACACCGUUAUGGCUCUGGAGAAGAGUGUGCAAUAUCUGAUGGGUAUUGGAUUUUUGCCUUGCGGAGAGGGGCGCGCAGUCGUGGGAGAUGGAAAGGAUGAAGGACAGGAAUCGCUCUUGGCUGACCACGAUGGCCUUGACAGGCCAGAUGGAUCCCUCUCAUUUCCAGGGACCCCUAACGAAGAACAUGAGCUUGUAGCCCGUCCUGACCCCGUCAACGCAACCCCGGUUUCGCCCUCCGCACUCCCCAAUGCAACGCCGCAACAAUCCUCCAUAUCUCAACCUACGCCUGACGGACAACGUCGCCCUCCUCGCACCACAAACCGGGUUCGAUUCGAUCUUGAGGACGACCCAGAAGAUGAUCAGCAACCGGCCGCAUAUACCCGCACCUCGGAGGACUCGCCGUGGUUGGAGGAAGAAGAUUACGCUCGCGACGGCGGAAAUCGAUCUGGAAGGAAUAACAGGGGACAGAUGGUGCCUCUUCUGACCGAUAUCGAAGCCCCGAGUGUGACUCUCGCGACGUCUGAGGAUUUCUUUCCCGAACAAUACCUAGAAGAUGCCCGCCCCCGGAGCGGAAUGCGCAUGGCAUUCAUGAACAUGGCCAACAGCAUCAUAGGCGCCGGAAUCAUAGGUCAACCCUACGCACUGAAGCAGGCAGGCUUGAUAACAGGUCUUGCGCUUCUGAUUGCUCUGACCAUUGUGGUGGAUUGGACAAUCCGUCUCAUCGUGGUCAACUCCAAGCUGAGCGGCGCGGACUCCUUUCAGGCCACGAUGCAGCAUUGCUUUGGCAAAAGUGGCCUCAUUGCUAUCUCGAUUGCCCAAUGGGCUUUUGCGUUCGGUGGCAUGAUUGCAUUUUGUAUUAUUGUAGGAGAUACCAUUCCACAUGUAUUCAGCGCCUUGUUCCCCUCCCUCCGAGAUAUGUCGUUCCUUUGGCUUCUUACCGACAGGCGCGCCACUAUCGUGCUUUUUGUCCUGGGUGUUUCGUACCCGCUCUCUUUGUAUCGAGAUAUUGCGAAGCUAGCGAAAGCUUCCACACUGGCCUUACUAAGUAUGAUUGUGAUUCUGGUGGCUGUGCUCACUCAAGGAUUCCGUGUCACGUCGGAUUCUAGAGGAGAGGUCAAAAGUCUGCUCCUGGUAAACUCUGGCUUUUUCCAAGCUGUCGGUGUGAUUUCUUUUGCUUUUGUUUGCCACCAUAACAGUCUUCUCAUCUACGGCUCCUUGAAAAAACCAACUAUGGAUCGCUUCGCAAUGGUGACUCAUUACUCCACGGGAAUCUCGCUGCUGAUGUGCUUGACAAUGGGGAUAUCGGGAUUCCUUUUCUUUGGCUCGAAAACCCAAGGCAAUGUGCUCAACAACUUUCCGUCCGACAACAUCAUGGUUAACAUUGCGCGAUUCUGCUUUGGCCUAAACAUGCUCACGACCUUGCCUCUGGAGGCGUUUGUAUGUCGAUCAGUCAUGACAACCUAUUAUUUCCCGGACGAGCCGUUCAAUAUGAACCGCCAUCUGAUAUUUACCACCGCACUGAUUUUGACUUCGAUGGCCAUGGCUCUCAUUACCUGCGAUCUCGGCGCAGUCUUUGAGCUAAUCGGGGCCACCAGUGCCUCGGCAUUGGCAUACAUCUUUCCGCCUCUAUGUUACAUCAAGUUGAGUAACAAUAGUCGGAAGGCAAAGAUACCGGCGUACGUGUGUAUUGCUUUUGGAAUAACCGUCAUGGGUGUCAGUCUACUGCAGGCAAUUGCCAAAAUGAUCAGAAAUGACGGAGGCGCAAGCACUUGUAGUGCCUAG